AUGACUAAAGCCUUGCAGCAGGCUAUCAUAGGUGCCAUGGCCACCGGCGGUGUGGGCACGAUCCCUCAGAGCGAGCUUCGAUUGAGCCGCGGAAAACCGAAGGGUGCUGUGGGAGACUUUACUUGGUCACCUGCGAUUGUACUAGCUACUUAUGACGAGGAAGAGGCCUUUGGAAGCGCCAGACAGGCGACGACGCUCUGCAGAUCAGAAACGUCUGGGAUGCUGCCUGCGCAAAGACAACCGCCGGCGAGAUGCCGCGCCGUCUUGAUGUUCCCUCCGUCUGGGCCCCGUGGACGUUUCAGCUCCACCGGCAAGCGCAGACAUAUCCAUUACGCUGCUGCCGGACGAGAGGUCGCUGCGAAAAGAGCGUUGGAACUUGAAUGGCGACGAGGCCCGACUUCGAUGUGGGGCGCUGCAGCCCUGGACCUCGCAUCAGGGCUCGCUCUAGCCGAAGAUGGGCAAGCUGUCGAGACGAAUAAGAAAAAGGGAAAAUAUGCUAUCGAGACUGGCAUCCUCGGAAAAUGUCGCCGUUUGCCGCCGGGUGAAGGGAGGAGGAAGGGGUCUGAUAUUUUUUGA